UGUUUACCGGAGAUAGCUGCGCUAAGCUGAGGUCAGAUGCGACAAGAUGCUUGGUCGUCAGUGAGUGGUGGUGAUUACAGGUGUUUGGAAGUUUAUCCGUAAAAGUAUGGUGAAGUACAGAGAAGUAACACCUGAGGGAGGAUGGGGAUACAUUGUGGGACUAGGACUGGCACUAUCACUCAUGUGUGCUCUGGGGACGCUUCCGUCGUUUGGGUUGAUGUUUGGGGAUUUCCUGAAGAAUCUGGGUGAGGAGACAAGUGCAAUAGCCCUGAUAACGAGCUGCUUCUUCAGCUCGUUCAGCAUAGCUGGCCUCUUCACAAACACCCUGUUCAAAAAGUACUCAGUACGGAAGAUUGGCCUAGCAGGGGCUUUUUUCUACGUUGCCGGAAGUGUCAUGGUGGUGUUUGUUACCUCAGUUACGCAACUUCUAGUCUCCUUCUCUGUGAUUCAAGGAAUAGGUUUCGGCUUGAUCAUCCCAUCAGCCUACACAACAUUCAAUCUCUACUUCAAUGAGAAGCGUGUCUUUAUGAUGAGUAUUGCUCAGACGUUGAUCGGUCUGGGAUCAAUGGUCUAUCCUAUCCUUAUUCAAUGGUUGAUGGACAAUUACGGUUUCCGUGGUUGCAUGGCCAUCAUGGCUGCUCUCAAUGGGCACACGAUCGUUGGGAUGUUGGUGAUGCAUCCCGUUGAGUGGCACAUGCGGAAGGAACGUAUGGAUGAUCCCGAAGAGGCUGUUAGUCAGAACAUGCUCAAAAAGAUCGAUCAGGAGGAGGGAACAGUUCAGAAGCUCCUGCCAAAGAGUCAAGUACGGCAGAUCAUCGAUGAAGAGCGCGUCAAGUCCCGACGAGCUUCGAGUAUUUCAAGCCUGGGCAACUGGACAGGACCCAUUGUCGUGAGUGAUGCAUCCGAAAGGGAUAGGAAGCCAGCUGGGAAGUGGCAGGUCCUGGUGGAUUUCCUGGAUCUUACGCUUAUGACUGAUCUUGUGUACGUAAACAUUGUCUUGGGAAUAUCCUUUGCCCUCUUCUCCGACAACACCUUCUUCGCCGUUCUGCCGAUGUACCUGUUCGAGUUGAACUUCUCAAAGCAGGACACGGCCAAGAUCAUUGCAAUUGGAGCAGCUGCAGAUGUGGCCUCGAGAACCUUUCUCGCACUCGCCAGCACCUGUGUUCGUGUUAAAUCGCGCUACGUCUACAUGGCGGGGGCGGCUUUCACGGUUGCCGCGCGAUUUGGUGAGUGUGGCUUAGAGCUCAUCUCUGUGUCUUUGAUUUCAAUGGCAUGGCCUUCAUUAUUGGCAUUAUGGGCUUCCUCCGAACCUGGAUUCAUGUCCCUCUGCCGCUUGUCUUUGCUGAAUACCUCCCACAAGAAAGGUUUCCUUCUGGGUAUGGUCUUUUCAUGGCCAUUUCUGGCCUUAUUGGCUUCAUCAUUGGCCCCAUUAGCGGCUACAUUCGUGACGCAACAAGAAGCUAUCCCAUCUUCUUUAAUUCUCUAACCCUCUGUAUGGCUCUCUGUGCCAUCCCGUGGAUCCUCGAAGUGAUCUACGUCAAAUUUUUGCAACCAAAAAAGCGCCCAGACAACAUUCCUGCCAUUGAACUCAACGAUCAUCCCAAUGGUCAUCAGACUCCAGCUCAAACAAAUGGUCAGAAUGGAAAUUGAUCCGUGGUUGUUGAUUUUGGCCCCAAUUGGGCACUAAAUUGCUUCUUUAUUUAUACAAAAAAAUAAACCUCAUUACAGAACGAAAAAUAAUUAUUUUACAAUCCGAUCCUAA